AUGGACACCGGCGAAGGCCCCGACAAGGUGGCCGCGAUCCCCCGUCUCGCCGAGCUGCUACGUCACCCUGAAGACCUGGACAAGAUCUCCGUCCUCAAGCUCGAAUACCAACGCAAAAAGGCCGCCAUCGACGCCCAGCUCCGCGAGGGCCUUCGGGACCAGCUUGAAACUGUGCAACAAAGCUUGGGCAUUUUAACAGAAGGGCAACGCCAAAUCUCAAAGACGCGCGAUGAACUACAAGGGAUCGACAAGAUGUGUGCCGAGUCGCAGACGACGGUCGAGGAUUUUUCGCAGAUUGAUCGGCUUGCAAGGAUACAACGCAAUUUCGAGGCGGUGGUGAUGAUGAAGCGUGGACUGGAGAGUUUUGGCGCUGAUUUGGCCAAGAUUGAGGAUCUGUUGCGCGAGGAUGAUGAGGAUCUGGAGAAUCAGCCCAAUUUGCUCAAGGCGCAUAUCCUGAUCUCGCAGCUGCGCGAUUUUAGCGAUGAGGCGCUGGAUCAGAUUCGGAGGGCAAAGGAUGAGAGUAGUGAAGCCACGCUGCUAGAUUAUUUUCAGGGUCUGGACUCGGUUAUCGAUUGGUUUGAUGACCAUGUUGGCACGGCCUGUAUGAAUCUUAUUCCAUUGGUACAGUCGGAUAACAAUAGCAUGGUGGUCCGGUUGGCGAUUGUCAUUGCCAAAGAAGAAAAAAACGACGAGCAAGUCUCUGCCUUGCAGGAAGCGCAAAGGGACCACGAGGAGCUAGCCAAUCGGUUCAAGUCGAUGAAUAUAGGGCCCAAAACUGUCCGAGGCUACAAGGCCAAAUUCCUACAGGCCAUUGAGCUGUACGCCCAGACACAAUUUGAUGCUGCAAGGGAGGAUUUCCUCGCAGACCCGGAUAGUCUGGAAAAGAGUCUCAAGUGGUUUUUCAACGAUCUCUUCACGGUCCAGCAAGGCAUGCAGCCGCUCAUGCCCAAGAAAUGGAAGAUAUACCGAACAUACACAAAGACGUAUCAUCGAAUGAUGCAUGAUUUCUUGAUCAGCCUUAUUAACGACUCGGAACUGCCGCCGGACAAUCUCCUGGCAAUCCUUCACUGGACCCCGAAAUACUACAAGAAAAUGUCCAAAUUGGGCUGGAAGUCGGCAGACCUAACGCCCAAUAUUCUCGACGAUCGCGAGCUUGAACUCGUCCGUCAAUGGCAGAGCGUGAUUGUUGACGCUGUCGACGAAUGGAUGGAUCGGAUUUUUGAAGUAGAGAGAGUUUCUCUUGUCGAACGCUCUCCUGAUGCAUUGGAGGCCAAUUCAGAGGGCCAUUUCCGCACAAAGACGUUGGGAGAUAUGUGGCGCAUGCUGAACGAACAGGUUGGAGCGGCGUCUGCGUCUGAUAGAGCCGACGUGAUUGAAGGCAUUAUUGACAGUAUGUUCCGGGCACUCAAGGGACGCCAGACAGCUUGGCAAACAGUGGUGGAUGAAGAAUGCGCCAAAUAUAACAAUGUCGCCCUGGACCAAGCAGAGGGUCUGCAGCCGUUGCAGGACUGGCUGGUGGCUGUCGCCAACGAUCAGAUUGCGUGCAUCGACGACAACGAAGAGGCAGGCCAAUUCGGCUACCUGACCCGGUUCAAACGAGAUAUCGAGUCUCUUGUGACGCCCAACUACAUGGACGAAAGAGCCACAACCGAGCUGGAUGCGUUGCGGGACGGAUAUGUCGAUCUCAGUACUCACUGCCUGACCCAAUUUGCAAACCUCAUCUUCACAGUCGACUUCCGCACCACGCUACCCGAGUUCUUCACGCCUAGAUGGUACGGAGAAUUUGCAAUCAAACGGGUUACGUCUACCUUUGAAGAUUACAUGGCAGAUUAUGGCUCUGUCCUGCACCCCUCGCUCACAGAAAUCUUAGUCGAGGAACUCUCCGACGAGCUCCUCGUUCGCUACCUCUCUGCAAUCCGCAACCGUGGUGUCAAAUUCCGCCGUCAGGACCCCUUUACCGAGAAAUUUAAAGACGACGUUCUUACCGUUUUUGCAUUUUUCCAAAAAUUCCCCGACUCCUUCCAGACCACGAUCAAGCACAAAUGGCGCCUGGUCGACUGGCUGGUUCGCCUGCUGGAGGCCGACAAGGGCGCUGGCGUGGUUAAUGUCUACGAGUCACUGCGAACCGAGUAUUGGGAUUUGCAAAUGUCCUGGGUUGAGGCUGUGCUCCGCGCGCGCGACGAUUUUGAGCGGUCGAUGAUUAAUUCGAUCAAGGCGCGUGCUGCCGAGAUGAAUAUUGAGCGUGGGCUUGAGACGAUCAUGAGUAAAGUCAAGUAG